AUGCCUGCGACCUGGACCGUCAACAGUGUGAAAUCAGGCCAUAACCCAGAUUCUGGAGCGAGGUGGACGAUAACAGACUCUACGGUCAAGGUGUCUUUUUCUGCUGACCAACAAAACGCUUCCGAGGCGCGGGCAGCAAUCGCAUACGUCAACACUGCUGGCGACGGCUAUGGUGCACACGCUACGACCAUGGGCGCGAUUGCGAACAAGAUUCCGGCUCUACCGCCGUUGAAAAAGUCGUGCGAUCAUUGCCGUGCGCGGCCCGACCAGAAUGGGGACGGUCUGCCGGGUUGUGCUGCCUGCAAAGUGGCGCAUUAUUGUGGAGUCGAGUGCCAAACCGCCCACUGGAAAAUGCAUAAGCAGCUCUGCAAGUUCCUUGUUCGCCAGGCCAAGAACGAUUCGGACAAUGCAGCACGAGCACUCCGAUGUGGCCAGUCUUUUGUCUCCGUCAAGACAUUGCGUGAGUGGUACUACAACAACAUUGACAUUGUGAAAUACGCGGUCGUCCAAAGCCUUGAACUGUACAAAGGCAAGGCAGACUCUCUCUGGCGCACGCACUUUGCAUGGUUCCACGUCAUACCACAGAAGGAUGACCAGCGCCCUUGUCUGCUGACUGCCGAUGAACUCCAAUUUGUCGAUGCGGAGUCAUUCCCAAUGGAAUUGGGUUGCGAGAAGGGCCCAGACGGUGUCUCUCACUUGAUGCAGUGGUUUGGCGCGGAAGAGCGCAUCAUCAUCGUCAUCCAGGCUGAGCUGGAUCAUGAAUGCACGUGCGGCCACCACCUGUCGCCUCUAUUUGAGGAUCUGGCGCUGCCUGAAGAGGGGGAGUGGGCGAGCAUGGAGCGUGACGAAAUGUGGCGGAUGCAUAUCCGUAUGCGACAGCAAGCGAGAGACAUUGUCGCGGGGAAUAUAUAG